UCAUUUGGUUACCGAAUAAAACUUUCUGCCAACUUUACGAUCUAAAUUACGAACUGACAUAAUAGAAAGAACUAAAAGCGACAUGGAAAACUGCAAACUAAGAGACUACAUCACUCAAGGAGAUGGACAAAAAAUGAUCACGCCACAGGAAUGUCUGCAGAUGAAACGUGACCUGGAGGAGCAGAAGGAUAACACCGAUUUCGAGGUUAGUUCCGUGGCCCUCUGCAUGAUGAUAACUCUACUGCUUUUUGGGAUCUGCCUCUGGAUCUGGCUCAUAUCCUGGAGCUGUUUCUUUGGCCAAAACUUGGAGAAAGAUGGGAAAAAGGAAGAGAAAAAAGGAAAGAAAAAAGAAGAGAAAGAACAAAGACUUUCGGGGGGUAAAAGUUACAGGUCUCAAAGUAAGGAAGUUCGCUCAACGAACAGAUCUAACACCGAAAACUCGGGCGUUAGCAUUCAAUCGCGGCUCUUGAAAAACUGUAAUCCUUAUUUUGAGUGCGAUCGCAUCUCACAACCGAGAUCAUCUCGACAAGAGGGCCAAACUUCACCCACAGCUGAAUCACCAUCGACCAACGGCACCACCGCCUCCAGUAUGGGAAAGGAGAGCCCUAAGCCUGCCAAGAAGUACAAGAUACAAUGGACCAAAUUCCUCAAGCUCGGUCGCAGAGAAAAAUCGAAUAACUGAGGCAGGAAACGGUGCACGAAAUAUGUAUUUAUAAUGAUUUUAACAGUGUAAAAAACGAAUUAAUAAAGAAGUAAGAUUAUUAAACAUUA